AUGCGAACGCUAUUGCUCUUGUUUCUUUUACCACUUGCCUCUCAGGCUUUUCUUGCCGACACAUUUCAACAUCUUGGAAACGUAAUAACAAACGCAGCACAAAAUCUUGGUAACUUAAUUCAAACUACUGCUGAGGAUAUAGCCACUGGAGCAACAAAUAUAUGGAAUGGAGUAACAACUGGAGUUAAUCAAGUUGUAGGUAAUGUAGUUGAUUCAGCGGGUAAUAUUUACGGUUCAUUUAUAAAUACUAUUAAUGGUAUUCAAUUUGUCAGUACAUUUUUAUGGGACAAUGCAUUUGGACCAGCACUCGAUAUGCUUUUAGAAGGAGGUGCCGUAUUUAUUGAUGAUAAGUUUGGAACUAUACUUAAUGCAAUUGGACGUCGUAAUGUUAAUGAUUUUAUGACACAAUAUCACCAAUUAGUUACCAAGUUUAAAACAGAUAUUCAUCAACUGUAUGACGAAUUAUUUGAAAUGGAAAAAGAGGCAUUGGUUGCAUUACAAAAUGGUAAAAACAAUUUGAAAGAUACAAUUGUCGCAUUUGAAAAUAAAGUAAAAUCGAUUAAUGAACAAAUCCAACAAUGGGCGGCCGAAUUAAAGUCAGAAUUAGCCAUUCAUGUACACACUGUUGAAGGAGAUUUUCAAACGAUUUUGACACAAUAUACAAAGAAAAUUGAUCUUACUGUUAACACAAUGAAAAGUAUGUUUUUAAAUUUAACACAAGAUUUAUUAAAAAAUUUGGUUGAAGUGGCAUUGAAUGUACUACCAGGCGCAUUGAACAUUGUUCAAAGUUUAAAAGAUGAAGGUUUAUUAGGAUUCUUGCAUGGUUAA